CGCGCCGGGCGGAAGUCGGCCGCCCGCAGGGUCCCGGCCUUGCCGCAGGGAAGCCCCGCCGCCCGCGGGCCCCGGAGCCAGACUGCACCGGGUCCUGCCUGCCCUUCGGUCUGAUGCCCGUGCAGCCCUCCAACCACCUGGAAUGGAAUGAGCCUAUGCACUCCCUCCGGAUAAGUGUGGGGGGCCUUCCGGUGCUGGCGUCCAUGACCAAGGCGGCGGACCCCCGCUUCCGCCCCCGCUGGAAAGUGAUCCUGCCGUCCUUUGUGGGCGCUGCUGUCCUCUGGCUGCUCUACUCCCACCGCCCACCCCCAGGCAGGCCCCCUGCGCCCGACGCCCACAACUGGAGGCUCCGCCAGGUGCCCGCCGACCGGUACAAUGACACCUACCCCCUGUCCGCGCCGCAGAGGACGCCGGGCGGGACUCGGUACCGAAUCGCGGUUAUUGCUGACUUGGACACAGAGUCUAGAGCCCAAGAGGAAAAUACCUGGUUCAGUUACCUGAAGAAGGGCUAUCUGACCCUGUCAGACAGCGGGGACAAGGUGGCCGUGGAGUGGGACAAAGGCCACGGGAUCCUCGAGUCCCACCUAGCUGAAAAGGGGCGGGGCAUGGAGCUGUCCGAGCUCAUCGUCUUCAAUGGGAGACUCUACUCUGUGGACGACCGGACCGGGGUCAUCUACCAGAUCGAGGGUACCAGAGCCGUGCCGUGGGUGAUUCUGUCCGAUGGCGAUGGAACCGUGGGGAAAGGCUUCAAAGCCGAGUGGCUGGCUGUGAAGGACGAGCAUCUGUAUGUGGGCGGCCUGGGCAAGGAGUGGACCACCAGCACGGGGGAGGUGAUGAACGAAAACCCGGAGUGGGUGAAGGUGGUGGGCUGCAGAGGCAGCGUGGACCACGAGAACUGGGUGUCCAGCUACAAUGCUCUGCGGGCCGCUGCAGGGAUCCAGCCUCCAGGCUACCUCAUUCACGAAUCUGCCUGCUGGAGUGACACGCUGCAGCGGUGGUUCUUCCUGCCGCGCCGGGCCAGCCACGAGCGGUACCGCGAGAAGGACGACGAGCACAAGGGCACCAACCUGCUCCUGAGCGCCGCCCAGGACUUCAGCGACAUCUCCGUCAGCCGCGUGGGGGACGUGGUCCCCACGCACGGCUUCUCCUCCUUCAAGUUCAUCCCCAACACCGACGACCAGAUCAUUGUGGCCCUCAAGUCUGAGGAGGACGGGGGCAAGAUCGCCACCUACAUCAUGGCUUUCACACUGGAUGGCCGUUUCCUACUGCCUGAGACCAAGAUCGGCAACGUGAAAUACGAAGGAAUAGAGUUUAUUUAAAUGGACAAAACUCAAACCAGCGAGGCCCAGAGGUGGACACUUUUCCGCUCCAUCAGGACUCGAAUUCCAUAAAAACCAGAGACUGCACUUU